GCCGCGCUUUCUGCAGCUAUUAAAGCGGGACUUGUACCUCCCAAGCACACAUUUUCCUUCGAGAUUUCACUCCAGAAAGAAGAACCAAGAUGAGCGGAAGAGGCAAAACCGGCGGCAAGGCCAGAGCAAAGGCCAAGACUCGUUCUUCCCGUGCCGGACUGCAGUUCCCUGUCGGACGUGUCCACAGGCUGCUGCGCAAAGGAAACUACGCUCAACGGGUGGGUGCCGGCGCCCCCGUCUACCUGGCGGCCGUGCUGGAGUACUUGACCGCUGAGAUCCUGGAGUUGGCCGGCAACGCAGCCCGCGACAACAAGAAAACGAGAAUCAUCCCUCGUCACCUGCAGCUGGCCGUGCGCAACGACGAGGAACUCAACAAACUCCUGGGCGGAGUGACCAUCGCUCAGGGCGGCGUGUUGCCCAACAUCCAGGCCGUUCUUCUGCCCAAGAAGACCGAGAAACCAGCCAAGUCCAAGUAAAAAGGGACUCUGACUCUUCCACAACCCCAAAACGGCUCUUUUAAGAGCCACGCAUUUUCUUCUUUAAGAGCUACCUUUUCAGUAA